CACCACCAACGUAAACGGCAUGCAAUAAUGUCAAACGUCCGGUGAUCCCUUCACCUAAUCUCUCACGGGCUCCCAAUGUCAUGCAUGCUCAUUUUGUUCUAGUGAUUUCCUCUCUUGAUCCCGAUAAUCUCUCCAUCGUUGGUUCCACACCAGGCCAAGUUGGAGCAGAGGCACGAACUUCAUCAGAAAAGCCAUCCUUCUACACAGCUUUCUAAGAAUUAUAUUGCUCAGAAUUGGCGGAAAUUGUUUCUCGGAGCUGGAGUGAAACCGUCGUCAUCAUCGUGGUCGUCACUGCGAUUCGUUUUUAUGUCGCUGAAAUCCAUGGGACAACUCUGACUCACUUUUUAUUUGAGUGAAAGUGGUGGGUGGGUGCGUAUCAAUACUUCGGCAUGAAGUCCACACCAUUCGUGAAAGUGGUACAUUUUACUGCAUAUUUUACAAAUCACCCUAAUGGAAACACUUGUGCAUCCGACUACACCCCCGGAGAAAGUUGUCUCAACUUCCCCGGAAUUUUACUCAAUACACAGUACUGAUAAUUAUUGGAGUUGUGGGAUGUUAUCAUGUAAUUUUAUAUUCAUUUUGACGAAUUGUCUCGUUUGGUUUUCAUUGAUCUACUCCAUCACUCGUCUCACCUCCAUUUGUCACUUUCUCCUUCACCACUCGGAAGAUGGGGAGGAGGGAGAGGACUUGGACCACCACCCUCCCCCUCCCACGUCCGUCGCCUAUCAUCGAGGUCACAGAAAACAUUGUUUGUGGGAAAUUGCUGGAAUGAUUUUGAUAAGCUACGAAGCAAUUUUGUCGUUCGUCCUCUGCAUUGGGACGGGAUCAUUUGUGUUUGAGGUGAAAGGCUUCUUUGUCCUCAUGUGGUGCCUCAACUAUCCCGUGUUCCUUAUGCUUCACUGGGUGCUGGGAUUUUUUCUGACAAAAUGUUGCAUCCCCCAACACCGCAUGAAGAGGUCCACUCUGCACAACUGUGCCAUCGUGGUGGUCAACAUCGUGUGGAGGGGCGUGCUGUACUGGUGCACCCUCAAUUUACUCUUCCAUCCCAAAAUUCAUCCCGAAACGGAGGACAUGGAUCUUGGAAUCCUCAAAAGCUUCAGUAGCAGUGGGGUCAGGCCCCCCUUUGGCAAUGGGACUGAGGAUGAGGUGGCGGAUGAGGUGGAUGGAAUUCUGAUAAAUUCGACAGAACCAAGUCGUGUCGCUUAAUGCAUAAAAUGUGUAUUCAUAAAUAUUUAGUUCAAAACUCGUCAUUUUGCUGCUCAGUAUUAUGAAUAAAGUUGGUAAAUUGUAAAAUAAUAGGCAUCUUAAUCCUGAUAAAUGAGGGAGAACGUGCACGCUUUGUCACACCAUUGUAUCACUAAUUAUACAAUAUCAGACAGAUAUAGCCACAUUCGUCAAUUGGCUAUUGUAUAUGUCAGAUUGAUUUGUGAUAAGGGGAAUUUCGUAUCAUUUUCGUCCCAUCAAGUGGCUACCAGGAUAAAAAAGGUUACCCGCAGUACAAAAUUAGCCAGCACACUGAGAGCAUAAACAAAAAUUACAAUGUGCAGGAUUAGAUUGUUGGUAGUGCUUUUGCUUUCCGUUAUUGGGAGAGGUCACGCUUUGGUCCUCAGUCCCGAGUACUCCGUCACGUGGGACUACGACUCUUCCACUUCCGGUGGAAAUGUCACGUUUGAAGUUGUCGUUGAGACGAGAGGAUUUGUGGGUUUCGGUCUCUCUCCCACGGGUGGCAUGACUUCAGCGGAUAUUGUGAUUGGGGGCGUGGGAAGUGAUGGGACGCCAUAUUUUAUGGAUUAUCACGGCGUGGGUCCUCAAGCUCCAAUCGUAGACGAGUCGCAGGACUGGUUUCUAAUUUCCGCCGCAGAAAACGAUACUCACACUACAUUAAAGUUUUGGAGAGAGUUGAACACCUGCGAUGGCGACGAUUGGAUAAUCACGAUGGACACCCAGAAAAUGAUUUGGAGUUGGGGAGCUAGCGAUGUUAUUCAGUAUCACGGAGUCAAUCGCGGAACAAAGUUACGAAACCUGCUUGACCCAACCCACACCUCUCCAGAUCUGUCAAAGUAUAAAGUUUGGAACGCGUUUAAUACGAUCACUGUGCCAGCCAGACCCACGACUUAUUGGUGCUCGAUCCACAAGACGCCCAACUUCACGACGACACACCACAUGAUUGGAUUUGAUGUCUUUCUGCCGAACGAUGUCGCAGUGCGGCACACCCACCACGUUGACGUUUAUGGCUGUCGGGCAGAUGACCCUGAGUUGAUUUUUGAAAAGUGGGUUGGUGACGAGGGACGGGAUUGCUAUGCUCCAGAUCCAGCGAAACCCGAUUUUCCUGCGCAUUACUGUGACCUAAUCGAGUUGGGUUGGGUUCUUGGAGGGGAAAUUACCCUAUUUCCUGAGCAUGCUGGGUUCCCUUUUGAACCGAACACUUACAUUAUGCUAGAGGCGCACUACGACAACCCACAGUCCUUGGACAAUAUUGCGUAUGAAAUGGGCUACCAGAUUUACUAUACCGAUCAGCUUCGAGAAUAUGACGCCGGUUAUCUGCUGGUCGGGUCCGUGGUCUCGUAUACUCAGAUGAUUCCUCCAAAUUCUGUCAAUUUCACACAAGUGGCCCAUUGUAGCCCUUGGUGCACCAACAACUUUCCUGCAACAGGUCUCCAGGUAUUCGCAUUUCUGUUCCACGCACACACCUCUGCGAGAGGAAUGAAGGUCCGGCUGUUUCGAGACGGGGAAGAACUCGAGUGGGUCCUACAUGACGCCCACUUCGACUUCAACUAUCAGCAGAACAGACUGCUGAGGGAGGAGUUCAGCCUGCUCCCAGGGGACCAUAUCACCGUAGAGUGUUUGUACGACUCCACGUGGAAAGAGGGGGAAGCUACAAUCGGUGGGAGGUCGACGCGAGAAGAGAUGUGCAUGGCCUACUUCUUCUACUACCCAAACCUUCCGGAAGUCGCCAUGUGCAACAGUGAAAUGCCAGCGGGUCGUUUGCUCCAAUUUCUGGGUGUGGAGAGUGUUGAGCUGGAAGGGGAGUGGCAGGAGGACCCCACAGUCACAGGUCCACCACAAUAUGCAGGCCAGUCCUUCACCAGUGUCAUUCAAGGAUUAAAUUGGACGGACGAGAUGAGAGCAGAGUAUCAAAAUAUGCAUCGUUACGGGUAUCACGAAUUGGAAUGCUUUCCGAAGCAAGGCCAGAGCAAGGCCAGGACCAGUUACCCACCUUACCCGGAAUGGCAGCCUGUCGAUUCUUGUGCAGCGACAAAAUAGUAGAAUCAAAUCGAAAAUUACCAAGUGGGAUGAGUUUUCAAAAUUUCAUUUCAAAUAAAAUAUGUACAUAUACUAUCUCGAAUACAUUAAGUGAAAACUUUUGGAAAUUUUAUAAA